CCUUCAGGUCCUCUAUAAAACGACUCACGGGUUCGGGGCAAAAAUCAGCGAUCAUUCAAAAGCGAACUACAUACAACCACCAAAUCUCAAAAGAUCAAUUUUAUCUACACGGGCCAUACCGUCAUGGCAAACAUUGGUCGCGAAACCAUCCGCAUCCUGGCUGCUAUCUACUCCGACAUCAACUCCGUCUGCGAUAUCCGAAAGAGAGUCAACUCAAAGCCCGAAAAUGAAGACAUUGGUGACUAUAGGAAGGCGUGCCGACGUGCCAGCACACUGGUGAGCCAGGCUGUCACUCAAGCAUUGAGUGGACAUCAAUAUCUCAAACAACGACUCUAUGCCCGGCGUCUAACGGAACUGACUACAAUAUUAGGCUGGAAGUUAUUCUCCAUCUGCGCACAUUCUGCAGCCUUUCGACAAGCGUUUAUAAGAACAGGAGUGGUGGCUUGGGACGCGUUGAUCGGUCAGCUCGAAGCUAACCGUCUCAGCAUUGAACUCUUUGCUCGAACCCGGAACCUCGAAUGGCGCGGUCCGUUGUUGAAGCACGCCAGACAUAGGCUGCCGGAGCUGCAACGAGAACUUGCGCCCUAUAUAAAACUCUACGACCAACAUCCGCACCACUUUGUCCGGAUCCAGAACGAAGCAGUUCGCUUGCCAAUGUAUGAAGGGAACUUCCAAAUGCACACCGACGCCUGCACGUUUGACCCGAGACAAUGGGAGAGCUAUGUACGUGAAGGGGAAGAAGUCCAUGACCCCACAGAACGUGAAGAAGAAGAUGGAAACUGUCGGCUGUGUCGCCAAAGUCUUGAUUUUCCCUGCUCCUGUCUCCCUCCAGACUUAGGACAACUGGUUGAGCUAGUUGACUAUCCUAAGAAGGGAAUUGGAGUUCGGGCUCUGGCUAAUUUCAAAAAAGGACAAAUCCUCGGCGAAUUCAUCGGAGAGAUUCGACACUGGGCUUACGAAGGUGAUCCCAAGUAUUGUUAUCUCAUCAUUGAUAAAUUUCUUAAACCCGUUGCAACAAUUUCGCCCAAACGCUAUGGAAACUGGACACGGUUCAUCAACCAUUCCUGCGACGCGUCUACCAACUUCGAUAUUAUGUCUAUCGGAAAGCGGCUUGUCGUUGUCAUCCAGGCAAAACGGGACAUUAUGAUGUUCGAGGAAAUCACAGUCCAUUAUGGCGACGGUUAUUGGAAUGAUCAGGCAUGUCCAUGCGGUUCGUCGGAGUGUAUGUCGAAGAAGCGGGAAUCUAAGGAACCACCUUUGAUACUUUCAGUCGACAAUGGCGAAUUAGAUGACUCUUAGUCUUGUUGUUUUUCAUGCGUUUUGCUUCGGUAUAGAUAUAGACCA